GUCGGAGAGUCGUAGGUAACAGAGAUCUGUUUGUAGAAAUUUUUCGUCCCAUUUUUAGCUUAUUAGUGCCACAAACAAGUUCAAGGACAGCUUGUGAAUAGUUUGUUUUUGUUAGCUUACAGGUGAGGCGUCCACAGACGCAGCAGGUUGCGUGGGCGGGCGCCGACGCGCGCUCAGUUAGAGGCAGGCAAGCAAGCCGCUCGCACGAAAUUGACGCCGCACAAGCGCUGAACGAACGACUUCAAAAUGGCCACUGGCCCGAGGAUAGUGCACAAACAGUUUAACUCGCCUAUCGGGCUCUACUCCCAGCAGAAUAUAAAGGAGACCCUCAGCAAACAUAUGCAGAACCUCGACAAUGGCACCGUCGGAAUCGAUUUCAACAAUCCCGCAACAGACAAGCCGGCUAACCUCGCCAACUCAGCUGUUCUGCGGAUGUUAGAGGAAGAGGAACGCAAUCGUAGGGGAUAUCCCAAGUUAGAUCCAAGCCAAGUGCAGGCGAUAUUGGACACCUUGGUUCACGCUGACCACCGAUUUGACAGCUACUGGCCGCCAGACCGUUCGAAGAUGAGAUCAGCUCGCAGUUGGGACGGCCAGCUCAACAUGACCGGCAAUAUUUAUUCAGAGUUCAUGAAGGCCACUAAAGGCCAGAAGAAAGUGGUGUGGCCACCAGUGCCCGAAACGAACGGCUAUCAUCAGCCACAACAGCAGAGUCCUGCGUACUACAACAACGCGCAGCAUUCACCCUCCGUGCAACAACAGCCGCAAUACCAGCAACCCCAAUAUUCACCCCAAUCCCAAACACAAUACCAAAACCAAUCCCAGUACCAACCACAACCCCAGUACGAAUCCCAAAACCAGUCUCAACCUCAAUACCAAUCGCCACAAUCUCAGUACCAACCGGCAUACUGUGAGGGCAAACGACAGGCCGCUACAGGACUGAGUAAACUAAUCCCAGUCGGGCCGGGUGUUACCGCAGCCCCAGUAUCCCCAUCUAACUACCGCCAAGGGCCGUUGUCUCCAAGCGCCGCGCAACCCUACCGCCAGCCAACCAACCGCUGGGGCCCCGUACCAGCUCCUCUUUCUCCUCAGACGCAAGGAUCGCAGCCGAAUUAUCAGCAACAGUACUCGCCACAACCACAGUCACAGUACUCGCCGCAAGCCCAGUCUCAGUACUCGCCGCAAGCCCAGUCUCAGUACUCGCCGCAAGCCCAGUCACAACAGCAAUACUCGCCACAGCCCCAAUACUCGCCGCAGCAGUAUUCUGAGCCCGCGUAUCAGCCCCCACAGAAAGUGUACGAGCCCCCGCCGGCGACGAUCACUCUUCGCCAGCAGCCACCCAUUCACCAGCAACCGCAACCUGUGUAUACUAGUCAACCCGCCGCGGCAUCUUUCAAAGGAGGAGUAAACAUGCGGGGAGAUCAGAAAUGGCCACCGCAAUCGGUGAGGGAAGCCGUUGCGGCUGAGAACGAGGCUAGAAGGCUACUUGCCAAAGGCCCUGCCUGCAGACCGCGCAAGGUAAACAAGGAUUACACAUCCUUCUUCGCUCAACAUGCCCUCAACCACAACUACCCUGGCUACCGGGCGCCACCUGGCACGCAACAUUACGAAGACCUUUCCGGCCGAUCUUCUUACUAACAUAAAAACAAAUCAUUAGACUUACAUCACCCGUAGCGAAUAUAACUAAUAAUUAUUCUUCAAUUCUUAUCAUAAUUAUUGUUCUGUUGUUUGUACUUAAAUGGCUAAAAGUGUCAUGAAAUGAGGGCAAAUCCAUUUAGUGACGUCAACAGUAACGGUAUUAAAACUUCUUACAUCGUAUUCAUUACAAAAUAUACCAUUACAUUAGUAAAACCUUUAAAUUGAUCUUCAAUACCGAAUUCUAGGGUAGUUCCUCAAAUUAAAGUACUUGUAUAGACUUUAGGUAUUAAAGUCUUGUUGGCAUGUACGAAAUUGGAUCGGUACUUAUUAUUAAGUAUAAUUUAUUGUUAACCACUAUUUAGCAUGUAAGAAUUAAAUAUUUUAAAAUAAAAAAAUAAAAAAAAUCAUUAGUGAAAAUUAAUUAUCAUAUUAAUGAUAUUUCACUUUUGCUAUAUUUCUCUUACUUAUAUUUUCUUUUAUAUUAAACUUUAAAUACGAUGUAAAUGUGCGGCUUUAUACAUUGCGAACGUAUGCGAUAUAAUAUUUAAUCAGCUUUUCUAAUCACAAAUGUAAAUAACCGUACUUCUAUAAAGAUGCAGUGAUGUUUAUACAUAUAAAUUAUAUAAGAGCUUGACAAAAUUAAUAUUAAUACAUAUAUAUUAAUAAAUUAUUGCUACCAAUUCGGCCAUGCUUAAAAUUAACUAGUCAUGAAGAGAUUACACAAAUAUUUUGUAUAUAAAAUGUUGAAAAGGCUUUUGUUUCGAUAUUAUGUAAUUAUUAUUUUAAUGAAAUAAAUUGUAUAAAUGCCA